CCUGAUAUUUCCUCUCUGCACACUGUCCCCGCCGCUGCACCAGCGCAAUGCCGAUGCUGCAACAUUAGCAAGCUAAUUUUCCCAUUUUCAUAACCCUUCCGUGGGGAGCCUUUUGUGGUUUCUUUUUCUCCUUAUUUCUUUUCCUUUUCUCGAACAAGCCGCAGCGGGUUUUUCAGACAUGCCUAACAUCGUGCUUUUUAGCGGGAGCUCCCACCACGACCUGUCCCAGAAAGUGGCUGAUCGCCUGGGACUGGAGCUGGGGAAAGUGAUUACGAAGAAAUUCAGCAACCAGGAGACAUGUGUGGAAAUCGGGGAGAGCGUGCGCGGCGAGGAUGUGUACAUCGUGCAGAGUGGCUGUGGCGAAAUUAACGACAACCUAAUGGAGCUGCUGAUUAUGAUCAACGCCUGCAAGAUCGCCUCCUCGUCCCGGGUCACUGCUGUCAUCCCCUGCUUCCCCUACGCCCGGCAGGACAAGAAGGACAAGAGUCGAGCACCCAUCUCAGCCAAGCUGGUGGCCAACAUGUUGUCUGUGGCCGGUGCCGACCACAUCAUCACCAUGGACCUCCAUGCAUCACAGAUCCAGGGCUUUUUUGACAUUGCUGUAGACAACCUUUAUGCAGAGCCAGCUGUUCUGCAGUGGAUCAGGGAAAAUAUUCCAGAGUGGAAAAACUGCAUCAUCGUGUCACCAGAUGCUGGCGGAGCAAAACGGGUGACGUCCAUCGCAGACCGUCUGAAUGUGGACUUUGCCCUCAUCCACAAAGAGAGGAAGAAGGCUAAUGAAGUGGACCGCAUGGUGCUGGUGGGUGACGUCAAGGACCGUGUGGCCAUCCUGGUGGACGACAUGGCCGACACCUGUGGCACCAUCUGCCACGCUGCAGACAAGCUGAUUGAUGCUGGCGCAGUAAAGGUGUACGCCAUCCUCACACACGGCAUUUUCUCCGGUCCAGCUAUCUCUCGCAUUAACAGCGCCCCAUUCGAGGCCGUGGUGGUUACCAACACCAUUCCACAAGAAGAGAAGAUGAAGGCGUGCCCGAAAAUCCAGGUAAUCGACAUUUCUAUGAUCCUGGCAGAGGCUAUCAGGAGAACCCACAAUGGCGAGUCCGUGUCCUACCUCUUCAGCCACGUACCUUUGUAAAGAACGAGAGAGAGAGAGCGCGAGUGGCUCCCCGGGUCAGGCCCACCCGGCUGGCACUUUUUGCCACAUAUCCAGAAAGGCUCGAAUAAAGGGCCUGAUGGUUUUCUGGCCAACCCCAUGUGACUGUUUAAAGUUCACGCCCCACACAUUGUCGUUGACAUUUUGCACCCAGGAGACAGAGCAAAAUAUCACCUCCUUCUCUGAAGACCAAGCUUGUAUUUGUAUGGGGUUUUUUUUUCUUCUGCUGUUUUCAAGUUUUGGUCUUGCCAACCUUGAACACCGAGGCCUGGCCUUCACUUUCACCAAAGGGUCCAAUAUGUAACAUUAUGUAUUAUGUGUACCUCAUAUUGAACUCCCUUUAAAUGAAGCAUUCCAGUAUGUCACAUGGUUAGAAAUAUUUUGGCCCUUUUUGCUUCAGAAAGUAAUAAAAUAAAAUGUGCCCCCCCCCAAAAAAAUAAAUUGCUUUAACACCUGCUGACGGUAUAUAUUAUAGCUUAACCUUUAACUCACUAAUGCUUUAUUGAUUGUAACGGUUUGUGCUAACCGUUAUCAUCAGGCCACAUACAGUAGAUUAAAAGCUGCACCAUAAACGGGAAUAACAUUUGAGAACACACUUAAUUUACUCAUUUCAGGGUUUUGCUAGUGAGCCUCAUAAAUGAGCUGAUGCAUCUUACCUCUGCAGUGUCAUUUAAUAAGCUGCUGUCAAUCUUCUCCUUGAAUACUUGUAAUUGUCCUAAAAGAAAACUAAAAUCAAGUGACAAGUGUUGAAACUCAGACAAGUCUGUUGUUGAUUAAAUGUGUCUAAUAUGAGGUGCAGUGGGUGCUUUACCCAUGUUUCAAAAGGUCAUUAAAACAAAUUGAGCCCGAAGCUUAAUCAUAGUGUUAAGAUUUCAACCGUGGUUUGUCAUAGAAAUGGUGUAAUUGUCUCUGCAGCUGUAAUGGGUCACUUUUAGUUCAAAUGAAGCAGGUUUCACUGUUUGCCUGUAGGUGGGUUAAAAAAAAAGUGGUGGAAAAGCGUGAUUAAAUUUAUUUUAUUUUUUUUUUAUAUGUAACACUUCAAGCUGUUUCUGACAAUAAAGCUUUGACAAUGGCUUACA